AUGUCCCCAGCGUAUUCAGUCGGGAUUUGCAUCAUUGUCAACCGCUGUACUCACAAACAGAACCAGCUGAAGUCGGAAACCAAGGUUAAGGGAUUGGGAAUUUCGUGGAGUCUGGAGCAGAUGUUUGCUUUCACGCAAGCAUCGUCCAUUUCAGGGUGGCGGUGUGGCCAUGAUCAAUUGCGCCAGGACUUCAAGACUCUUCAAGCCAUCAGCAACAUACAGCAAAUGCCAGUGCAGAUGCGAAUGGGAGCUGACACGUUGCGAUCUCGAAAUCUUCCACCUCAUCUUGGAGCUCUGGCGGCUUGUUCUCUUGAUCGCAGUCCUGCUGUCUGCAUGGAUCAUGGAUCAUCUGCUGUCAGUCUGACGGAAUACUUGAAGGGCCUCAUAAACAAAAACCAACUGGAGCAUGAUGCAGCAAACGACAGGAAGCUCCUGCCCAGUGGAUUCAGCGCUGCUGCCUGGGGUGUCGUUCCUUCGGAGCAUCCUUCCCUGGCAGCUACCAGCGGAAAAGCAUACCAGACUUCAAGCAUGGCUUUGUGCCCAGGCCUCUCGGAUAGGCGUUAG